UAUAGGGUUCCAGGUCCCACAUAGGCUCUACAUAGGGGUACAGGCCCCUCACAGGCUCCAUUUAGGGCUACAGGUCCUAUGCAGGGUAUAAGGCCCCACUCAGGCCUUGUAUUCAAGCUGAUUUAGGACGGCUCUAAAACGCUGCUGGUUCAGAAGGUUUGAGCAGCACACAGUUGUGUCCCGUGCUUUCCUCUGGUGUUUGCACGUAGCUGAUAAAGCAGCUGGCACGAGUUGACCGAAGUGAUUCGGUGCCAAGCAGUGACGGCGAGGUGACGAGGGGAAUUAAUCAGUGUUCAGGCUGUGGGUGUGAAGUCUGAGUUUGUCUGCAGGAGGAAAUAGGGGUUUUCUCAUCUCUGACGUGAGCCCAACGCCGAGGGCUCGAUGCUUUCCUAACAGAGAACCACACUUGUGAAGUGUGAUGGUGUGACAGCAAAGCAGGGGGAGAUGCUUCCAGCAGCAUUGAAUUCAGCCAUCCUUUCUGAAUGGGACAACAGAGAGCAGUGAAUCAGGCUUAAAACCAUUCCAUGCAGCACCUCUGUGUUGGAUGCUUUGGCCCCAAAUGCCCAUUGACCCUUCCUGUUAUUGCUGUAAUUGAUUGAAGCAUCCUCAUGUUGGAUGAGGGGGGGGUGGGUUGAUCUUUCAGGAGCCUUUUAGCAUCGUUUGGAGCCCACAUUACUGAAGGAAAGCAUAAGAAGAACUCCAUUACACCCUGAAGAACUGCAUUACACCCUGAAGAACUGCAUUACACCCUGAAGAACUGCAUUACACCUCGGGUUGUUUGCUGAUGUAAAUCUUCAAUACGGGGUGGGAAGCCCCAAAUAGUUGAAAUUGGGUUAAUGCACUUCUAAAAUAGGAUCUUAAAGGGAUGCUUUUGACUAAUCCUGUUGUGUUUAAGCCCAGGUUCAUACAGGAAUCUGCCUUCAUGGAGGAGCUUGGUGCUGGUGCUGCUCACCCUGCAUGUGUUGCUUGCAGCUCUGGACACCAAUAUCAGAGGUUCCUAUUUCUACACAUCUUCCUAGAAAGCAGCUGGUGUGAGCAAUCCUUCCCUGCUUCAGGCAAGGUCAAUGGUGGCUGUUUAACUGGGGUUAAACCCGAGCUCUGAUCCCUGUGGUUUGAAUGGGGGGGUUGCAGAGGACGGUGAUGGUGACACACCUGGGGUUAUAUUGCCUCAUAAACCUUAUUUCAAGGAGAAAUGACUGCAGGCAGUGCUAAAUGCACACGUUUCAACCCGAGGUGAUCCAGCUGCGAAUGGCUUUAGCAUCACAGCAUCGUUAGGCUGUUAUUAGAUGGAAGCAGAGUGAAAUCCCAAUGGGAUCCUUUCCUUUGAGCUGGGUGCACCAUGGCUGUGCUUUGGGUUUCUCCCUAUUGAGGUGCUGUGGGUUAUGGGGCCAUCCAUAGCUGAGCAAUGAAUUGCUGCUGUAACACAGGCUGUGUGUACCCCAGCCCUGCAGGCAUUCAAGGCCAGGCUUAAUAUGGCUCUGUGCUGCUGGUUAAUGACCCUACACACAUCAAGAGGUUGAAACCAGGUGAUGAUUAUGGUCCUUUUUCAACCCAGGCCAUUCUGUGAUUCUAUGAUUCUUCCAUAGCAGAAGUUUGGUGUUUCUGGUUCCACCUUUGGGUGUUGCUGUGCUGCAAGUGGGAGCAGCAAACCUGAGCAAGUUGGCUGAAGUCCUGCUUGAAUUCCUUUAGCAAACGUGUUGUUCCUAUAGAAAAAAAGGAGGAUGGGAAGCAAUAGGAACGUGUGCCACGUGUGAGCUGCCCAGAGCUGUUAGCUGAGUCCUUUAUCUUUAUGGCCUUUGGAGGGAGACCUGGGAAGUAUGAAUGGAGCGCGAGGGCUACAAGCAUUUGGGAUGGGGGAGAGGUUUGGCUGCGUGAAGCACUGAUUCCAGUUUUAUCUGGCAUAUCUGAGGUCUGAGAGAUGCCAGCAAACACCUCGAAUGUAGGGGGGGGUUGUAAUUAGGAAGCACGAGGAGUGAACAGCCCGAUGCCUGCUCUGGUUUCACAUAGCUCAGGGCUUGCAUCACAGUACAAGAGGAAUUUGGAACAGACCAGGACAUUGUGGUCUCUAAAGUGAGGAGUCACACACAGCUCAAAGAGGAUCUUGACCCCAUGGUGGUACAGGGCUCUGUCUGUGUGUGCCUCAUGGUGUUGAGCUGAUGUUGGGCUGAGGUUUGCUUUCCUUUGGAGCUUUAUGGGCCAUUCUGGUGCUUUCUGCUUGUUUUUAAAGGAUAAGGAGAUGACAACAUCACACGAAGCAAGCUGGAAAGCAGCAGCAGAACCACUCAGCUGUGAUAGCAGCUAGGAACCCAAGACAGAGAGCAGAAGAGUUCUGAAUUCAACUGGGUUAAAUCCCAUCCAAAUUGAGGUGUUGAUCCGGGAGCUGCAGACCCCAGCUGCUGGGAGGAAUCCAUGAGCACACACAACCUUGGAUAUGGACAUCGUCCUGUCGGAUUUUGUUCGCUCGACAGGGGCAGAGCCAGGACUGGCCAGAGAUUUGCUGGAAGGUAAAAACUGGGACCUGAGUGCAGCACUGAGUGAUUUCGAGCAGCUCCGGCAGGUGCACGCAGGGAAUUUGCCUCAUUCCUUUAACGAGGGACGAAGCUUCAAACCCCAAGAGAAGGAGACAGCCCGACCUGGGAGACCACCACUGCAGCGACAGGAUGAUAUUGUGCAGGAAAAACGCCUGUCUCGAGGCAUUUCUCACGCCAGCUCCACCAUCGUCUCCUUGGCUCGUUCCCACGUCUCCAGCAACGGCAGCAGCGAGCACCUCUUGGAGAUGCCCAUCUCCACCUUCCAGCUGCCCGACCUCACCGUGUACGCAGAGGAAUUCCGCAGCUUCAUCGAGCGAGACCUCAUUGAGCAGUCAAUGCUGGUGGCGCUGGAACAGGCCGGUCGUCUGAACUGGUGGGCCAACGUGGAUCCCAGCUGCCAGAGGUUGCUUCCAUUGGCCACAACGGGUGAUGGGAACUGCCUGCUCCACGCUGCAUCCCUGGGUAUGUGGGGUUUCCACGAUAGAGAUCUGGUGCUUCGUAAAUCCCUUUACACCUUAAUGGAUAAAGGUGUGGAAAGGGAAGCCCUGAAGCGACGUUGGCGUUGGCAGCAGACGCAGCAGAACAAGGAGUCUGGCCUCGUUUACACGGAGGAGGAAUGGCAGAAGGAGUGGAACGAGCUGAUCAAACUGGCUUCAAGUGAACCUCGUGUGCACUACGGCACCAAUGGAGGCGGCUGCGGUGGCGUGGAGAGCUCUGAGGAACCCGUCUAUGAGAGCCUGGAGGAAUUCCAUGUUUUUGUCCUUGCCCACGUCUUGAAGAGGCCCAUAGUGGUGGUGGCUGAUACGAUGCUGAGAGACUCGGGGGGAGAAGCCUUUGCCCCUAUUCCCUUUGGAGGUAUCUACCUGCCCUUGGAAGUCCCAGCCAACAAAUGUCACCGUUCUCCAUUGGUGCUGGCGUACGACCAAGCCCAUUUCUCUGCCUUGGUAUCCAUGGAGCAAAAAGAGCCCACGAAAGAUCAAGCUGUGAUCCCACUGACAGACUCAGAGCAUAAGCUGCUCCCCGUGCACUUUGCAGUGGAUCCUGGCAAGGAUUGGCAGUGGGGGAAGGAUGACAGCGACAACGUCAAGCUGGCCAGCGUGACUCUCUCACUGGAGGCAAAGCUGCACUUGCUGCACAGCUACAUGAAUGUGAAAUGGAUCACGUUGCCUUGCGACACGCAGGCGCCUUUGGCCCAGCCUGAAUCCCCCACAGCCUCAGCAGGGGACGAUGCCCGUUCGGCUGCAGAGUCUGGAGAGUCAGACAAGGAGUCGGUCUGCAGCAGCUCAGCGAGUAACGGGGGCAGCAAAGGCUGCAAAGAUAAAGAGAAACCAAAGAAAGAACGAGAAAAGGACAAGGAAAAAGAUAAGAAACGGGCCGACUCGGUGGCCAAUAAGCUGGGCAGCUUCGGCAAGACUUUGGGAAGUAAGUUAAAAAAGAACAUGGGUGGGUUGAUGCACAGCAAAACCAUCAAGGGAGGGGUGAGCAACGGGCAGGGGGACACCCUGGAGAAGAAGAAGAAGGGAUCGUUGAAGACGAGGAAAGGCAGCAAAGAGGAAACAGCCCAGGGGGACCUUUGUGCUCAUGGGGAGAAAAGCUGCACCACGGGUAAAGCAGCCUCUGAAAAACCCUCGGACCCCUAUAAAUACAGCAACGAUGUGAGGCUCAGCCUCAGCAUCCUACGUGCUGCCAUGCAGGGAGAGCGCAAGUUCAUCUUUGCUGGACACCUGAAAACGGGCCAUCGGCACCAGUACCAGGAGGAGAUGAUCCAGCAAUACCUCCUGGAUGCCGAGGAGAGAUUCCUGGCCGAGCAGAAGCAAAAAGAGGCUGAAAAAAAGGCAUUAGGAAACGCAGCCCCUGUUAAGAAGCUGGAGGUGGAAGUGAGGGCUGAGGAAACGCUACACGGCCCCGUGUACCCCCAGCCCCCCCCAACCUACACCAUCCACCCCCCGGAUUUGGCCAUCGGGGCUAAAAUAGCCUCAUUCCCCUCCAGUUAUUCGGGGGUCUUCACCUUCCCCAGACCCUCAGUGAUCAGCAGCAGCACAGAAGGGUCUCACCCCCCCGGUUACCACGAGGGUCGACGGCAGGUAGCGGGGGGGUCCUGCAGCAGCCUCCCCCCUUACGCCACCCUACCCAGGCAUUGCAGCCAGGCACGGCCACAACCUCCCCACGUAGGAAGGUUUUCCCCUACGGACAUGGAUGUUCAUCCAGGUUUUAAUACAGAGUGUGAAGCCUUCACUUGCGUUGCCCCCCAGCACAACAACAGCAAUGGUUACAGGGAGUAUGUGGAUCAGGAUGGCGCUCAGAAAGGAACGGCGAUAGAUAAAACAAGAGGGAGGGUUGUUUGUAAUAUCCAACAACCCAAAUGCAAACAGCCAAAUUGCAGCUUUUACGGCCAUCCGGAGACUGGGAAUUUCUGCUCCUGUUGUUAUAAAGAGGAGAUGAAACGGAAAGAGCGCGAGGCGUUGGUGCACAGGUUCUGACCCGCGACACGCGGGGACAGCGAUAACGUGGGUUAUCCAUAUACCCCCCUCCUUGGCUGGAAGGAGAUGGGGGGGAUGAUGAUGGAGGGGAUUCAGCCCCUUCAAACCUUGAGGGCUCAUUGGGGUCAAUGUGGGAGCUGGGGGUGGAAGGGGCUUCCAAGCCAUUUGUAUCCCAAACCAAAGCUUUCGGCUGGACCCCGAAGCCGCCUGGUUGCCCACCAUCCCAAUAAGGAAAAGUCACAGACCUUUUAAAACACAGAAAUGUUUUAUUUUAUUUCCUUUUUUUUGUUUUUUUAACACUUUCCUACGACGACGGUUUAUUUUUUUCCCAGUACUGAGAGCAACACGUUCGGAAUGGGACGUUACCAUUCGGUUUCGGAGCCCAUGGGGUGGCUCAGCGCCUUCAGGCUCUGCCCUGCCCCCAUAUACAAGCUGGGCUCUGGGUUUUUAAUGCUGGUUCUUAUUAAGCUCUUAAUGAGGGUGGGGAGGGGGACGGAGGGGGGUCUCAGCACCAAAUGGGGUUGAGUGCCCCCCAAUUGAGUUCCAUUGGCGGUACGGAGAUGGACUGAAAGCAGGUGGGUGCCUCAGCAGCAAUAGCUCCAAUUUAUGGGGCAGGAUUGAAUAGCCCCAACUUAUGGGGCAGGAUUGAAUAGCUCCAGCUUAGGGGGCAGGAUUGAAUAGCCCCAACGUAUGGGGCAGGAUUGAAUAGCCCCAACUUAUGGGGCAGGAUUGAAUAGCUUCAACGUAUGGGGCAGGAUUGAAUAGCUUCAACGUAUGGGGCAGGAUUGAAUAGCCCCAACUUACGGGGCAGGAUCGAAUAGCCCCAACUAAUAGGGCAGGAUUGAAUAGCCCCAACGUAUGGGGCAGGAUUGAAUAGCUCCAACGUAAGACCAGGAUCGAAUAGCUCCAACUUAUGGGGCAGGAUUGAGGCCGGAGCCCUGCAGCACUGGGGAGGUAACGCUGCUUCCAGCCCCGCGGCGGAUCCACGCGAUAAUAACUUUCUACUUGAGCGAAGCUACUUCCAUACUACCUCUGUUCUGCUGAAUAGAAUUAACUCUGGCUCCAUUUUGCCGAGCCGCGUAACUGACCUUUAGGCUGAGUGAUAUUAAAUGAUAUAUUUUGGGUUUUUUUGGGUUUUUUUUUUGAUAACAGGGCUAAAAUAUAAGGGGUGAACCUAAAGGAAAGUGAACCCGUCAGCUCUUUAAAUGCGAUAUAAGGGGGCCCAGCCUUCCCCCAUCCCCCCCAGUUUAUAAAGGGGGUUUAUGGGGGGGGCUGUGAUUUAACACUGCGAUGUUUGCACAGAUUCCUUUUUGUAUUUGAAGCUCCCGAACUGGGGCUCGAAUCCUCAGCCCAGUUUUGUUUGUAUAAGAGAGAACGAGGUUCAGAGUUUGAACGUAUGGAAAUAAAUGAGUUGGGCCGGUAACUCCGAGCUUUAAACACGU